AUGUAUUGUGAGUUGGUUUUUCAGCUUUUCUAUAGAAAUAAUGGUUUAUUUUCAGCAAAUUUGAUUACUGUAUUUAAACUACAGUACUUUAUUGUGAUCCGAAAACUUGAUAUAUAUUGGUGAGUAUUUCAUCUGAACUACACAUAUACAGCAAAAUUGAUUUCUUAAGAAUCGAAACACUAGCAGAAUGGCUGGCCAUUGAAUAUUUAUUGUUGAAAAAUCCAAAGGUUUGUUAUAUUUUAUUGGAAUUCAAUCAAUAAUUCUCGAAAUUUCAGAAGAACUUCGAACACAACUUUGCUGCGAAUAUAUUUCAAUACUUUGAAAAAGUUAUACUACUGUAUCUAAACUACAGUACUCUUCUUCAUAUGCUCAAAAUUGAAAAACAAUGUGAAAAAUUACGAUCCGACCGUAAAUUUGCUGGUGAGUUUUUAUCAAAAAGUUUUCCAAGAAACCAUGUUUUUUUUUACAGAAAUCUCCAAAUCUUCAGAAUAUGUGUUCCAAAUUUGA